AGCAAGAUCGUCAAGUUCAAUAAAAGUGAUUUAUUUAUUUAUAACAACAGUUUACGUUACAAUCAUUUAUUUUUGGCUCAUCACUAAUUCUCGAAUAUUCUAAUAGUUUGUCAAUCAUUUUGUCAAUAUUCUGAUUUUUUGAGUGUUUUUCAUCAUCGAUAAUGGCAAGAUCAGCGACUGAAAUUACCGAUAUUAAUUUAUUUCAAGAUGAUUUCAAAAAAAUCGAUCAAAAAUUUCUAACAUCAGUUGUUUCAAUUAUCAGAAUUUUUAUUUACGAAAAUUAUAAUCUGAAAAAACAAUUUUUAUUGAUGACCAAAGAUGCUACAUAUGCAUAUGGUGAAUUAAUAUGCUCAUCGUUAUCGUUGGAACAUGAUAUAUCCAAACCACAACGGAUAUCUUGUCUUGAUCAUAUGAAAAUUGUUCAAGUAGAUUAUGGAAGUAAUUUUGUUGCCAUUCUAACUGAUGAUGGUCGAGUGUAUCUGGCAAGUAAUGAUUCUAAUUGGAAGACGGAUAAAACAUUCCGAUUGAUUUCCAACGAUAAUGAUCGUUUCAAGAUGAUUGCUUGUGGAGGGAAGCAUUUAUUAUUGCUACGACAAGAUGGUCAUGUUUUCGCUAUAGGUAAUAUUAGUUAUUGUUUUUCAUUUAUUAAUGAAAAAUUGCCAUAUGAAAGUAUGAUCCACAUCGAUAACUUAGAAAAUGUCAAGUUCAUAGCAUGUGGAAAGUAUCAUAAUUUAAUAACAAAUAAAGGCGACAUUUAUUCCUGGGGCCUUAAUGAUUUUGGUCAACUAGGUCUUGGUGAUAGAAAAAACCGAGACACCCCAUGUCUUGUUGCAUUUCCAAAUGAUGAUUCAAUCAAUAUCCGAAUCAAAGAAAUUGUAGCUGGUGACCGACAUUCAUUAUUUUUAUUCGAAAAUGGUCAGCUUUGGGGAUGUGGUUUUAAUUAUAAUGGUGAACUUGGUCUUGGUAAUAGACGAUCAAAGUUGGCGAAAAUACCGAUUGGAAAUUUACAACAAAUUAAAUGUUCAAAAAUCCACAACGUUUCAUUGGCAUAUGAUGGAUCAUCGUAUUAUGCAUGGGGCAAAACCAAAUAUGACAAAUGGUUAUUACCUAAAAAAUUGGAUGGUCAUCCGACAUCAUUUGCUUCUGCAUCGGUUCAGGUAUUGAAUUCACCAAUCACAUUUGGCCUCACAUCAACAUUAUAUGAAUUUGGAUCACAUGAUUCAAUAUCAUACAAAUCCAUCGUCAAAUUAUUCGAUAAUCAAGAUAAUUAUGAUGUGAAAUUCAUAAUUGACAAUAAACAUAUUAAAGCAUGCAAAUGUUAUCUCAAAUCUGCUUCGGAAUAUUAUGGUCGAAUGUUUUCCGGAAAUUGGAGUGAAAAUGACCAAGUGAUCAUCACCGAUUAUUCGUAUGAAACAUAUUAUGCCUAUAUACGGAUGUUACAUACGGGUAAAAUUCAAAUUAAUCAUCAAAACAUAACCGAGCUUGUUGAUCUGGCCAAUUGUUAUGGUGAUGAAAGUUUGAUGAAAUAUUGUGCAACAUUCAUACGGAAUGAUUUGGAUGAACAAACUAUUCCCAAAUAUCUUCCAUUAAUUAACAAAUACGAAAUGAUUGAAUUGUAUGAAAAACUUGCUCAUCUGUACAAAAAUACCCGACAAUCUUCAACAAAAAGGAAAUUUUUUUAAACUCAUUACUUUUACCAUAAAAAAAUCAUUCAU